AUGGCCGAGCUCCUACUUACUACUGAGGGAGUUGAUAUAAACACGAAAGACAAUGAAUAUGGCCGAACACCACUGUCCUAUGCAGCAGAGUACGCGUACGAAGCUGUGGUAGGGCUCCUACUUUCUAGAGAUGGAGUUGAUGUGAAUGCGAAGGGCAAUAAAAAUGAUCGGACACCACUCAUCUAUGCAGCAAUGAACGGGCACGAAGCUGUUGUCAAACUCUUACUUGCCACCGAGGCAGUUGAUGUGAACACGAAGGACAGAAAAUAUGGCCUGACGCCACUCUCCUAUGCAGCAGCGAAGGGGCACGAAGAUGCGGUCAAGCUUCUGAUUUAUUUUUUUGUUUAA